CCGGCAUUCGGCAGUAGUUGAAUAAAUAGUGCUAAACUUGGAUAGUGACCAGAUAAAUUUUGCAUAUCUUGUGCAGUUGGAGUCAUGGGAGGUUAUGCGUGGGUUACGUUGGCGACUAACGAUUCCUAUUCGUUAGGAGCUUUGGUUUUGGCCAAUUCCCUAAAACAACUAGGAACAAGCCAUCAGUUGGUAGUUCUUGUAACUCCCGGAGUUACAAAUGCUAUGAGACAAAAGUUAUCAGCGACUUUUAAUGUCGUCCAAGAAGUAAAUAUUUUAGAUUCAAAAGAUGAAACAAACCUGCGACUGUUAAAAAGACCUGAAUUAGGUGUAACAUUCACUAAAUUACACUGCUGGCGUCUUACACAGUUCGACAAGUGUGUAUUUUUGGAUGCAGACACAUUGGUAUUACGUAAUUGUGAUGAGUUGUUUGAUAGAGAAGAAUUGUCUGCUGCUCCAGAUGUGGGUUGGCCAGAUUGUUUUAAUUCUGGAGUAUUUGUAUAUCGCCCAUCUAAUGAAACAUACGAAAAGUUGGUGCAAUUCGCCCUAGAAAAAGGAAGUUUCGAUGGUGGAGAUCAAGGGCUUCUUAACUUAUACUUCUCAGAUUGGGCCACCAAAGAUAUUAGCAAACACUUACCGUUCAUUUAUAAUAUGUGUUCGACAGCGUGUUAUUCUUAUUUACCGGCUUUUAAACAAUUUGGUGUCGAUGCAAAAAUUAUUCAUUUCAUUGGCUCUUCUAAACCUUGGCUACAAUAUUUUAAUACCGAAACUAGAAAAGUUCAACCUUCUUCUGAUGUAAAGCAUUUGGAAGGUAUUCUUCAACACUGGUGGAACAUAUUCUGCUCUUUAAUUCAUCCACAAUUGACCACAGAAAUGCCUAAUGAAGGUAGAUGUGAUGAAUGUAAGGCUCGAAGCAGUUCAGAUGUUACGCACACUAGUUUGUCCUCUUGCACUUCUCAGAAUUACGAUAAACCCCAAAUAAGCACCAAAAAUAUAGUUUGGGAUCCUUGGGAGGAAUACGAUCAAAAGCAAUCCCAGAUCCUUCCUCAAGAAUAUUCUUUUCCUGAAGAAAUAAGAGUCCCGUUUAAUCCAGUCCACAAAAUACAAGAAACACACAUUUUUCGUCCAUCAAAUCUAACAUCGCAGCCUUUUUUUAAUUCACAGCUUUCACAAAUAAAGCCUAUUGAAUCUCACAAUACAAAUGCAUAUGAUAGGGAUGAACGUCCCCAAUCUCCGAUCCAGAAUGUAUUUCAAAAAUCGAAAUCGUCUUCCUUUCAAAACAACAAAUCUCUAAACUCCUUACAACAGUCUCAUUUACCAGUAGAAAUUCCUACGAAAGUUGUAACUUCACCUCCGGAAAUUGUGCAAAACUAUGCACCCCCAACUUCUUCAGAUCCUAUUUAUUCCUGUCAAGAUGCACAACUGCAAUCUCAGCUUUUGAUAUGUGUACCUAAUCCUGCCUCACCAACUCCUCAUGUGCAUUCAAACGAAAGCGAAGCUGCCGCUACUGUUUAUAAAGAGCCUACAUUGCACGUGGCCCCUUGUGAAGACGAAUCUAGUAGUGGACUCGCUGGUGCUUUUGCCCAACUAACUUUAGGUGCGCCCAGAACAGCCGAACAAUGUGCUCUUGAUGAUCACUUGCGACGACAAGGAUGGGAAGUUGGUAAUAUCGACUAUAUGGGAAGGGAUUCCUUUGAUAAUAUUUGGAGUAAAAUUUGUGAAACUCUAUCUGCUGGAUUACCUUCAGCGCCAAAAACUACAGAUGCAACACCAUCUCCGACUGUACGAGAAUCAGAGAAAAGUGCCAGUGAAGCAGAAGCUCAACCGUCACCUCAGACGACAUCUUUUCAAGAUUCCACAUCUGCAGCACCUAUCUCUCAAAGUAUUCCUUUAGAAUCUCAAAUUAUUUCGGAAAGUAAAGCUUCCCCAGAGACUCCGGUAAAGACGCCUGGUGCUUCAGAAGGAAGCUUUGCACUUGUAACCCCAGAAAGUGGGGACUUACAGUGUCCAUUGAGAGUUGCUGAACAACCAAAAGAAAUUGCUGAAGUUGUUCAACAAGUUGCUGCCACUGAACCGCCAGUAGCUCCCGUACUUAAGACUGCAGAAGAGAAAAUCGCAUCACCACAAGAAGGACAGGCUUCUGUAAGCCCUCCUACAGCUCCUACAAUUCAACCUUCUGUCGAAGCUGCUCCUACAUCUCAAACUUCUGGUGAAACUGUUACAAGUUCUACGCCUGCAGAAAGUCCUUUAUCUUCUCAACCUUCCAGUGAACUUCCCCCUGCGUCAUCACCUUCCGUUGAAACUCCCGCAACACUGCAACCUUCAGGUGAAACUCCUACAGCGCCGCAACCUUCAAGUGAAAUUUCUACGACACCCCAACUUUCUGGUGAAACUCCUCUAACGCUUCAGACUUCCAGUGAAGUUCUUUCAACGUCUCAAUCUCUCGCUGAAGCUCCUACACUCUCUCAACCUUCUAUUGAAACUCCACCUUCUCCUGGUGUACCUCAACUACCAGAAGUUGCACCUCAGCAACCAGAAGUCGCACCUCAACAACCAGAAGUUGCACCUCAACAACCAGAAGUUGCACCUCAACAACCAGAAGUUGCGCCUCAACAACCAGAAGUUGUACCUCAACUUUCAGAAGUUGUACCUUCUCAACCUGUUGCUGAAACUGCUCUAAUUUCUCCGCCUGCCACGGAAGCUCCCGCUCCUUCCAAACUAUCAAAAGAAGUUCUCUCUCCCAUUGCACAACCUACCACAGAAUGUACCCCUAUCUCCAAACCGCCAACGGAAGUUGAAACUCCCCCUUCUUCUCAAGCUGAUACCGAAGGUCUUCCUUCUCCUAAAGCUGUCACUGGAGCUUCCAAAUCUGAAGUUCCAUCUACUCAACCUUCUACUGAAAUCCCACCCAUUUCGCCACUUUCCACUCAAGUUCCUCCCAGUACUAAAUCUACAGCGGAAAUUGUGAAACCUCCUAUUGAAGCUUUAUCGUCUCAACCUUCAGCCGAUACUGCGCUUUCUCAACCGUCUACUGAAACGCCUUCUACGACUAAACCAAAACAGCCUUCUAUCGAGUCUCCUUCCACCGUUACGGAAACUCCCGCAGCUGAAACUUCUGCCCCCGAACCUUCGGUUGUAGUUCCUCCAACCUCCAAACCUGCACCGUCUGCUGAAGUUUCAACGCCUUCAAAAGUGGACAGCCCACCCUCCGACACAGAUAAAUCUAAAUCUGUGACCGAGCAGUCGAAAGCGGCGCCCAAACCGAAGCCGGAAUCUACAAGUGCAGCUUCUUCUGUAUCGCCUACUCCUCCUCCUCGCAAAACAGGAGGCGGUGGAAAGAAGAAGUCAAAAAAAUAAUUGCACUAUUUUGGUACCAACGCGUCCUGUGCUUUAGAGCUUUUCACUGUAAGUUUGCAUUGCAAAUUAACGAAAUAGUUUGAAGCAAACUCGAUAAUGUUUAUUUUGUAUUAUUUAUUUAUCAUGAUUUCGAUUGUUGAUUUAUACUUUUUUCUUGGUGUUGUUUGGUAAUAAAUCAUUUUGUCAGCA